AUGUGGUGGAAGAAGAAGGAAGUAGUCUUGGUGGUGGGUAAUGAGAACCCACUCAAAGAGUUGGACAAAAAAUGCAAAGAAUACAAAAUCUUCUUGGAUCAAUGGGUUGUCAAACAAUCUCUACCAGUGGAGGCUUCUAUAGCAACCGUCGCUGGUGCCGUCCGUGGGGCAGCCUUAGGCAUCAGUUUGACGAGUGUUGUUGAUCAUGUCUUGCCGGCUUUCAAUCUUCCUCCACGUCCAGCCACCUCAAAGACUAAUAUACCAGGGUGUCCUCCCUCUUUGGUACCUUACCAACCUAUUAUCUCAGGAAGCACUUUAGCACAAGCUCGUAAUUUUGCUGUUUUGACGAGUGUAAAUGCAGGCAUAUCAUGUGUCUUGAGAAGACUAAGAGGAAAGAAGGAUUUUGAGACAUGUAUGAUGGCAGGUUUUGGUUCUGGAGUCAUGUCAUCAUUGGUUUCUGGCAUGAGUGGUCCUAGUGUGAUCCCUGUUGGUAUUUUCUUUGCGCUCUUGAGCGGAGGAGCUUUUAAGGUAAAGGAGAGAGCUUUGAAUGAACAAGCAAAAGAUGCAGCAAAGUAUAAGAGAGUCAGACGAAUGCUAUCUAACCUCGGUCUUAGUCAAUACGAGAAGAACUUCAAGAAAGCCAGGUUAGAUGACGACGCUUUUUUCUCCCUUACGGAAAGAUCCCUAGAAGCAGCUGGAAUCCCUUCUAGAUCAACACUGGAUAUCCUAAGCGAACUCAAACACGGUGACAUUUUAUAUAUAUUUGGAUGA